AAUGUUCGAUGUCUGUAAUUACUGGGUAUUAUGAUUUCGACGAUCAUUUAUUCGAAAUGAUGGUUGACCCCCGUUGCAAAAAAAGUUCAUCAGUAAACGAUUCAUUUUCGAUUUAUGUUUAUGUUUUUUUUUAAUGUUUAUGUGCCAUACAAAUAUGCGAUAGGUGUACUCUAAACCGGUUAAUCGAGUAGUAAAUGUUGACUUUUCAUUGUAGUAUAACAAAUCCAAGUGAAAGUUCAGCGAAAUGCCUGUUCCUCUUCCUGAAUCGGAUUCCGAGGACGAACUGCCACCAGCCUGGGAAGAACGUGCUACAAACGAUGGGUUUGUUUACUAUGUUAACCACCAAAGCAAAACUACCCAGUGGACUCAUCCGAGAACAGGAAAAAUGAAACGUGUCUCUGGAGAGCUCCCACUUGGAUGGAGCAAACAUAUCGAAGACUCUACUGGGAAGAUUAUUUUCACCGAAGAAGCUACUCAAAGAAAAUCAUACACUGACCCCAGACUGGCUUUUGCGAUUGAAGAAUCUCCCCAAACGGUUGGGGAGUUGCGUCAACGAUUUGACAGUGGAACGAACGCGCUUCAAAUAUUGCAUGGACGAGAUCUCAGUGGAAAAAUCGCACUAGUUACGGGUGCCAACGCUGGAAUCGGAUUUGAAACUGCACGUUCUUUAGCCCUGCAUGGAUGUGAAGUUAUAUUUGCUUGUCGAAAUGAAAAGGCAACUGCAGAGGCAAUUUUAAAAAUAAUGAAUGAGAAAGAGACAGCAGGAAAGAAAUGUAAAUUUAUAAAACUAGAUUUGGCCAGCUUGCGGUCAACUAAAGAAUGUGCACAGCAAAUUAGAGCUCAAUAUAAACACAUAGAUAUGCUUAUUUUGAAUGCUGGAGUUUUUGCCCUACCGCACAGCACAACAGAAGAUGGAUUGGAAACAACAUUCCAAGUGUCCCAUUUAUCGCAUUUUUAUUUGACAAGCUUACUAUCUGAUAUCCUGGAUCACACGUCGAGGGUGGUAGUGGUCUCAUCCGAAUCACAUCGUUUUAGUAUGCUUAAGACAAGUGAUAUCACAGAAAGUAACCUCUCUCCUCCUUUGAACAAAUUUUGGAGUAUGGCGGCCUACAAUAACGCAAAACUAUGUAAUGUUUUAUUCGCAUUUGAAUUAGCCAAACGUUGGAAAAGUCGCGGAAUCUCUGUGUUCGUACUGCAUCCAGGCAAUAUGGUUUCUUCGCAAAUCGCUCGCAACUGGUGGUUCUACAGGUUGCUUUUUACCAUCGUUAGGCCAUUCACUAAAUCACUUCAGCAAGCUGCCAGUACUUCCAUUUAUUGCGCUACCGCUCAUGAGUUGAACGGCCUUACGGGACUUUAUUUCAACAAUUGCUACAUUUGUGAUCCUGGUCGUAACGCGAAAAGCGAACACAAGCAGCAAGUUCUUUGGGAACUCAGUGAAAGUUUGAUCAAUCGUAUCAUGAACUGAUUGGAGGUAUAAAUCGUUGAACUUUUUUUAAUUAAUGUACUGCUUUACAUGUUUUAACUCAACCUCAUACUAUUAUUGAAAUAUGCAUUGUUUUAACCCAACCUCAUACUAUUAUUGAAAUAUGCAUUGUUUUUAUUGAAAUAUACAUUGUGUACGAAUUUGCCAAUGUUUUGAAGAAUCCAACUAAAAUAUCUCAGCUCCAAUAACUAAGCUUACCAUGCGUUAAAAACAAACAUUA